AUGCCCUCAGUAUCAUUCCUCCCCUCCCAGGUAGGCUCACCAGACGAGACACCCCUCCCCUAUACAUCCUCCCCCCUGCGCCUCCUCGCUUCAGACAUCGUCCUGGUAAUUCACCACCUAGCGAGCGUGCGCUGGCUGUUCUCGCCCCUGUGGCCGUGCAAGAGCGGCGCGCUAGAUGAGACGUAUCCGUCACGGCAGAACAUAUGGUGCGGUGCGGUGCAUGUCGUGCUUGUGAUUGCGCAGUUGCUGUUUUUGGUUUCGUUGGUGGUGUGUGUGCUUUGCUUGGUGCCGGCGCUGUGGGUGCUUGUCUAUGUGGUUGCUGUUGUGGGGGUUAAUUAUUGGGUUUGUGGGAGGGUGUUGAAUGGGGAGGAGAGGGUUUUGAGGUCGGGUGUGGAUGUGGAUAAGGAGGAGGAGCAUGAGAGGGAGUGUUGGGUUUAUGUUAAUGGGGUUGCUGCUGGGCAACACUGGAUGCAGCAGCAUCUUGAUCGAUUGGCAUAUACAUUCGGCAGAAGAAUCACCGGGGUCCAUAACAGGACAUUUGGUAUUGUCUUUGACAUCAUCGAAUGCUUAAUCCAGCGAUGCUUUUCCUACGCCACCCAAGACGUACGAGAAGCAUACGCAAUCAUCAAAGAGGCCCUGUUAAACCUGGAGAUCGACAAAGUGGUCCUAAUACUCCACAGCCAGGGCGGCAUCGAAGGAGGUCUAAUCAUCGACUGGCUACUGGACGAAAUGCCUCAAGACUUGCUCUGUAAUCUCGAAGUUUACACCUUCGGCAAUGCAGCCAACCACUUCAACAAUCCAUUCAGACGAGUGCAAGAUUUCCGCUCGACGAAGUCCCAGCGCGCAGAUUUGAUCCACUCGCAGCGCACUGCUCAGCAGGAUGGGAAGAGUAUCUGCCAUAUCGAGCAUUAUGUGAACUCGAAGGAUUUCGUGGGUCUCUGGGGCGUGGUAAACUUUAUCAACGUCCCGAAUCGAUACAUGGGACGGUUGUUUGUGCGGUCUGGGCCGGGGCAUUUGUUGAACCAGCACUAUAUGGAUAGUAUGUUUCCCUUGGGGCCUGAUAUGCAGACUUUGGAGACGAAUGAGUUUAUGGAGACGGAGGUGGAUAUGGCCGUUCCUGCGUCGGCUGGAGACGUUGGUGAAAACCACAAAGAAGGAGAUAAUAACGGAGAAGGCUCGUCAGUCCAAGUCACUCCCAAUGCGUCGGGGCCAGUGCCGUCCAAUAAUCAUGGCAACCCGGUUAGUGGAAGACCAUUGAAGGUAAAGGAUCUCAGCCGGCUGUGGCUUUACAGAAACGGGGGCAUACCGCCGUGUCAAGAAGAAUUGAAGCAAACGUAA